AUUGUGGGUAGGUCAGGAGCAGAGAGGUGGACGCCAUGUGCUUUUGAGGCAGCGGUGGAGAGACUGAAGGGUCGCCUGGCGUGUUUUUUUUUAGAGGGACAGCAGACAGACACUCAGACACACGGCACCAGUGAAGGGAGCAUGUAUUGCACCAGGCUCUGCAUCCGGACCGCCCUGCGGGUCGCAGCCAGCACACACCGGCAAGAACUUCGGCGGCAGACGCCAGCCCUGUGCGCCCUCAGGCUUCUACAGACCAGUCCAGCCAGCCACUCGGAUGCCAUCGCCACCCCUCCACUAGACGGAGCGCCCAAACAGUACUCCCCCAAAAUUCAGCAGCUCGUCAAUGACAUAGCCAGCCUCACCUUAAUAGAGGUGUCCGAUCUCAAUGAGCUCCUUAAGAAAACUCUUAAUAUUCAAGAUGUUGGAAUGAUGCCUAUGGGGGCGAUGGCUGCAGCAGCUGCACCCACACCUCAGGCCACAGAAGAGGAGGAGGCACCAGUCAAGAAAGAGAAGACUCAUUUCACAGUAAAACUAACAGAACUGAAGGCAGCCGAGAAAGUCAAACUUAUAAAAGAAGUGAAGAACUGCAUGCAGGGCUUGAAUCUUGUGCAGGCGAAGAAACUGGUGGAGUCCCUUCCACAGGAGAUCCGGGCAAAUGUGGCCAAAGAAGAGGCAGAGAAACUGAAAGCAGCUCUGGAGGCUGCAGGUGGCACCGUGGUGCUCGAGUAGCCCCUGUGUGCCUGCCGGACCGCCCCAUCCUCCACCAUUUUGGCUGCUCAUGCACUUAUUCCUUCAUUCUGUGUUAUUUCCUUUUUUUUUAACAUGAAAAAGGAGAGGAAACCCAGGGGAGACAAAAGAAAUGCCUUCUGACGUUACUACUUGAUCCAACAGUGUCAGGUGGGGCGGUACAACUCACAGACUGAACUUUACAGGCGUAUUGCCUGAACAAGCAGCCGCCCCACUGUCUGCUUGUCUGUUUGUCUGCUCAUGUGUCUGUAUGAUACUUUGUGUAGCCAGUGAGCUACAAAAUGCUGGCCCUGGGUGCCAAGUGAGUCAGUCGGUGAGUCUGUCUGUGUGCAUCUGAAACCUUCCACAGGACAUCUUGACAUGGCUGCCAUUGUCUGUGUUCAAAUAAACCAGAUAUUUACCACAGGAGAUGGCAGGGCAGAGUGUUUAUACUGCUCAUAGGAUUGUUGAUUAUGUGAUUAAACUUAAGAUAUCCAUGUUUU